AUGCCAUCAUUAUCAAGGAUAUUCUCAUUCACAAGUCCUGGGCUUCUGGGCAGGAAAAAAAGCGACGAGGACGAGAAAUGGGCUGAAAAGGCUGUGGAUUCUCUUGUGAAAAAGUUGAAGAAGAAUAAAGGGACUUUAGAAGAUUUAGAAGAUUUAGAGAAAGCACUUGCAUUUAAAAGUCCUCAUACAAAGUGUGUUACAAUCCCGUGUUCGUUGAAUGGUCAUCUGCAAGACUGGCGCAAGAUAGCACUACCUCAUGUUAUCUUCUGCAGGGUUUGGCGAUGGCCAGAUCUUGAGUCGCAUUAUGAGUUAAAACCCUUAGAGAUAUGCCAGCAUCCGUUCGGUGACAGGGAGAAGGACGUCUGCAUCAACCCGUACCAUUAUCUGCGAGUGGAAAGUCAAGUUCUACCGCCUGUAUUUGUUCGGCGAUACAGCGAUAUCCAUAUUCAGAGUUUUAGCGACCUGCAACGUUUCCGACAGAUCCCCCGACAGAUCCCCGUGUCAAGUAUGCCGCAGAAUGUCACCUACCCCUUCCCACCUACACCGUGUCCAAAUCCUGAUAACACAGUGGAGCCAGGGCUUGCAAUAUUACGAAUUCACCAGCCGAGUGGGAGAGGGUUCCAGGGAUUGUGCAGUAGCAUUGUUGUUGAUGGCUCUACAGACCCCUCCAAAACUAAUAGCUUGUGUUUGGGCACACUGACCAGCAUCAACAGAAAUUCGAUAGAAAAUACACAAAUGCAUAUUGGAAAAGGAGUUCAUCUGUGCUAUAUCAGAGGCGAGAUUUAUGCGGAAUGCAUGAGUGACAGCAGCAUCUUCAUCCAAAGCCGUAUCUUCAACUACAGCAACAACUUGCACCCAACAACCGAUUUUGCCUCGCUGCUGAAACAGUCAACCAACCACGGAUUUGAGGCUGUCUAUGAACUCUGUGAAAUGUGUUUGAUCCGCAUCAGCUUUGUCGAGGGUUGGGGUGCUGAUUAUCACCGACAGGAUGUGACAUCCACCCCAUGUUGGAUCGAACUGCAGCUCAACGGGCCAUUGGAGUGGCUGGACAGGGUGCUCACCCACAUGGCCGCAACCAACUAUUAA